ACUUUCCAGAGAAGCCAAAGAAAUUUCUUCUCAGAUAAAAAGGGAUGGGCUCACUCUAUGUACUGAUGUGUCUAGCCACUAUGAUCCAUCAAUCUGCAGGACUGAAUUUCACACUUGAUUGCAAUUUAUCCACUAUGAAAGAAGAGGUACAAAAGGAAAUCCUUGAUUGCCACAAUAACAUUAGAAGAUCAGUGAUCCCAACAGCUAGCAAUAUGCUGAAAAUGGAAUGGAGUCAUGAAGCUGCUUCAGAUGCUCAAAGAUGGGCAAAUAAAUGCACGUUGAAAGUCAGUGAAUUUUCUAAUAGAACUACUGGUGAUACAGUUUGUAGUGAAAAUGUAUUUGCAUCAAGCUUGUCUGUCUGCUGGAAAGAUGUCAUCCUUGCUUGGAAACUACAGAAAAAGAAUUUUAUUUAUGGAAUAGGGGCCAUCAACCAAAAAAGUCAUUAUCUUGCUUACAUUCAGAUGAUCUUAUAUAGAACUUAUAAAAUUGGAUGUGGUGUUUCCUAUUGCCCAAACAAUAUCUAUAAGUACUUUUACGUGUGCCAAUACUGUCCAGCAAGAAAUGAAGUUACUUCAUUAGCAACACCCUACAAGAAAGGUGACAGAUGUGCUGAUUGCCCUUAUUCUUGCUAUAAUGGACUCUGUACCAAUCCUUGUCGAUAUGAGGAUAAAUAUUCAAAUUGCCAACAGCUGAAAGAUCAGCUUACUUGUGACUUCACACCGGUCAAGCUUCACUGUAAAGCUACAUGCAUGUGUACCAGUGAAAUAAAAUAGAUUUGGAUCCCAAUUUCUCUCAACUGUGAGAAAAUUAUUUUAGAGUUCAGACUAUAUAAUAUCACUCUCAUUGUAUUUCCAAUAUGUAUAAUUCCUAUGUAUACACCAAACUAUAACAAACUCUAUCCCUGUUUUUAUUUGAUAUAACAUAUAUGGAAAAUGUUCAUUUUCAUUUUGAAGUACAUGACAGCACUAUAAAUUUGUAUUCAGGUGUGUUUUCUUAUUGGUACUAUUAAAAGUUUCCAUUGGAUAUUACUAAAAAAAGAAAAAUCAGAUCAAAGACCAUCUCUGAUACUUACCAUUUUUCCAGGGCAUAAUAAAUCCUAGCUAUCUAUUUUGUGUAUGAUUUUAAAUUGGUCAUUUAAAUAGCACUAAU